CUAAUGCCAUACCAGGACGUUUGCCAACUGCAAGUGGAUUCUCUUCUUUCUCUAACGGCCAGACACACGAGCAAAGCAAAUAUCCUUGUGCGUUUCAUAUUCAAGAGCUUGCAAGGUCUUGAUGACAUCUACUUAUCUACUUCCCUGUGCUUAUCGAUUUCCUUAUGCCCAACUAUAAAGAAGAGAAGACAACAGAGUCUACAACUUUAGAUGCAAGUUUGUACCUGUCUUGCUAUGUGCCUGGAUUUAAAACAUUAUAAAUAGACCUUCUGUUGACUACUGAAUGGUGAAGAUGAGUUCAGAAAGCGAGACAAUAAAACCAAAGACCGAUUUUGGACUCAUUCUAAAUUAUUCUAAUAAGUGUAUUUGGAAAAAUGACUCCGGUGCAGGUGCAAAUGCAGCUUGUCGAAUAGACAAGACAUUUUCUGCCAUUGACCCCCUAUCCGAAAUAGUUUGGUCUCCAGAUAAAGGUUUCAGUCUCAAAUGUGUUGAUUCAAGUUUUACUAAUAAAAAGACCUCUCUUUUGGGGGAUGUUGAACCAAGCAGUAUGGUUCUUGCUCUGCUCCAAAGCGUUAAUGGAAGUUCUACCACAGAUAAACCUAUAGAUGAUGUUUCUGUAGAACCUAUUGUUGUCAUAUGCUCGAAGAGUGAUGUUUCAUCCACAGAUACUCCUGCUAGGAAUCCAGCAAGUGAUUCAAUUGUCAUCAUUCCAGACCAUAAAACAUGUGAAGAUGAUCAUGAUAUAGGAUUUGGUGAUAAUAUGCAGAAAAUGACCACUGAAAGAGAAACACCUAAUUUGCCAAACAGUCAGAAGGAGAAUGUAAUGAAUGACUUGGAGAAGAAUAUUUGUGCUCAAGCCAACAUUGGAACAGCUAUAAUAUCUGAGAUAAAGGGAAACAAAUCUACUAUGUCAGGUCAGGUUGAUGAAAGGCUGCUUAGUAAUUUAUCACUUCAAGGAGAUGAACCUAAAUGCAGAAUGGAAGAAAAUCCUUCACCAAGUAAACAUUGCAAUGGAGACAUAGAUACUGGUAUUGUCAACCAGGUGGUUGAAAUAGAAGAUGGAUUGUAUACUAUGGUCGAGCAUACAAUCGAAUGUAAAGGUUCCAGUGCUCUAGGAACAAAUUUAAUAUCUUCUGGCAUCAGUCCUUCACAAAAACUGGAAUCAACUGCAGAGAAUGAUUUACAAACAUUCAACUAUGAGGCUACUUGUGCAGCAACAAGCACAGUUCUUGUUUCAAAAUUCAGCAAGAAUAAAAACAAAUUCCAUGUCAAUGAAAAGAUGCUACUAUGCAGUAAGAACCAUCAGGUCAUGCCUUCUCCAAGUAAUAGCAGGAUUCAAAUGACAAGAAAUGAAGGUAAGGAAAAGUCCUUAUCAGAUGAGGAUUCAAAUGCCACUUUAUCAAAGGAGGAAGAGAGCCAUUUAAGUGUUGAAAGCUUCCACAGUGCUGGGUUGUUUUUGGCAGGUAGGAAGAGAAGCAAGAUGCAACAAGUGAUAAUUGGGAGUAAAAAAUUCAAAAAGCAAACUCAAGAAACUUCAUGUUCUAAAUCCUAUGUUAAACCGGAUAGCUCAUUCAUGAACUUGAUUUCAAACAUGAUCAAAGGAUGCUCACAAUCAACUCAAGAUGGGGACAAGUCUUUGGCUCUUAACCUUGAAAAUCCUAAUCAUCAUCUUCAACAGCUAGAUCAGAAACUUCUCAAGUGCAACAAGAAUCAAGAUUCAGAGCUAAAAAAUGCAGGGUUCAGAUCAAAUUUUCAGUCUAUGGUUGGUGCAAAAUUUAAGAAUGUGGGAACAAGAAUGUCUCAAGUCGGAGAGGCUUCUAAAGAUUUUGAGCCAGGUACCAAGGUACAUGGAAUUGAUGCCACUCCAAUAACCUUCUAUGCAGAGAACAAUAGCCUUUACAGACAGUAUUUGCAAUCAAAUAAGCUUGAAAUAUCCGAAGGGAGAUUUGAUGCCUGUCCCCCCAUACAGCCGCAGACAAGACCUAUAAAUUCUCUCAACAGUCAUGAACACUGGAAAAAUAACUCAAUGGAGAAUGAAAAUUGUUACAACUUGGAGCUAACUAAGGAGAAAGAAGGAAUGGCAUUACUAUCAUUACAUUCACCUUCAACUAGACAAAACAGAAAUGAUAAUGAGAAUGCCGAGUCUUGUGCAAUGUAUGAGAGUAAGGGAAUCUGUCAUAGAAGUGAUAAUGUGGAAGGUCUCUGGAUAAAUCGUUUUUUACCAAAGUCAACUUCCCCCUUGGUAGUUUUUGAUCACCUUAAUGAGAGGGGUGGUUCUGAAGUUCAUUCUGCGUCUUGCGCAAUGCUUCCAAAUUCCAAUAAACACAUUUCUCUGAACAACUGCAAGAUUGAAGAGGCUAAAGAGCAAUCUGCUGAUGACCAACUUCUUAGUGAGGCUCAAAAUUUACAUAAUUGUUGUGUCAAUAAAGAGGAUUCCACUGUCCUUAAGGAUGAUAAGGGAAAUCAAUAUCACACAGCAAAGCUGCAUAAGUUCAACUCCUUUACACCUUUCCCAGGAUUGAGAGCUGCAGGGCCAAUGGUGUCCAUGUUUGCAAGGAGAUUAGGUGCCAUCAAACAAUUCCAGCAUACAGAAUAGUCUACCCCACACAGGAAGACAUUAUACAGUGGUGGUGCACCACCUCAGAAGCUGGUGCUGAGAUUCCAACUGAAGAAGAUCCAAUAGAAAGAAUAAAAAUUCAAAAUAAGAAAAUGUUAGAUUUCCUAUGGAGGCAAAGUAUCUACCGUUAACAGCUCCAAUUUAUUCUUCGUUUUGUAUACAAAAGUUGCCUUUCUUUGCUUAAAGUUAAAGAUGCUUCACCCAACCACCCAACACGCAUCAUCAAAGACGAGCUAUUCCAAGAAUUUGGUUUGUCUUUGAAAGGAAAGUAGUGGCAAUCUACCUUACUUUCCGUUGAAAUUAAUAAUUUUGUACAUUGCUAGUGAAUAGACACUUUCACGUGGAGCUUGUAUCCUGGGUUGAUAAAAAUAUAUACGAAUCCAAGCUUGCUUGAAGAUUUUCUUUUUUGAGUA